AUGUUCCAUCUUUUCCUAAAACCGUUGAUAGAAAAAGUUCCAGCGGCGAUAACCAUGGACAGCUUUGUCUGCUCCCCCUUCAGCACGUACCAGAACUUCAGGAGCAGCCCCGCUGUCGGCCGCGGCUGGGACACUGCGGCCAAGCAGCCCAGCUGGAAGCAGAGCAAGAGCGGCAGCAUCAGCCCCUUCCUCGGGGGGCCCUUCACGCCCCUGCCCUCCGACUACCUGGACAGCUACCGGCGGGCGCAGCUCCAGGCGCUGCUGUCGCAGGUGGGCCCCGCGCUGGGGCCGCGGCCGCGCCGGGCCAGCACGAAGGAGGCGGCGGUGCAGGUGAGCCUGCGGGCCGACGCGGCCGUGCAGUGCUCGCUGGGGCCCCGCACGCUGCCGCCCGCCCGCGCCCUCAGCCCCGCCGCCCUGCGCGCCCCGGGGCGCUUCGCCCUCUACUCCCCCGCGCCCGACCGCCGCCUCUUCGCGCUGCCCGACGCCGCGCCGCCCGCGGAGAAGGCAGCGCCCACCGAGGAGACACCCAGGGCGGACGGCGGCGAGGAGCAGCAGGAGAGCCCGGAGGGGGCUGCGCUGCCGCCGCGGCAGGAGCCGGUGGGGACGCGGCGAGAGGAGACGGCGGCUCCCAGGCAGAGAGCUGCCUUCCAGUUCUUGGAGCAGAAGUAUGGCUAUUUCCACUGCAAAGACUGCAAGACCAGAUGGGAGAGUGCUUAUGUGUGGUGCAUUUCUGGAAGCAACAAGGUGUACUUCAAGCAGCUCUGUCGCAAAUGCCAAAAGAGCUUCAAUCCCUAUCGAGUGGAAGCAAUCCAGUGCCAGAUCUGUUCCAAGACUCGUUGUUCUUGCCCUCAGAGGAAGAGACAUAUUGAUCUCAAGAGACCUCAUCGCCAAGAACUCUGUGGCCGCUGUAGAGGCAAAAGGCUGUCCUGUGAUAGCACUUACAGCUUCAAAUACAUUGUCUGAUCCAUGUGCCGUCUUCUGUUUUGUUCUUUGCACUUUGUCUAUUGCAAUGUUUUGACUUAAGGCUUUUGACCUGGCAUUGGAUAAUGGAUGAAGACUUUGGCAUUAUUGUAAAAUAUAGUAAUUUAAAGUAUGUAAUUUCACUGUAUGCAUCCUGUAAAUAAAGUUCCAUAAAAGUUUGCACUAGUUUGA